CAUAGAUCGAUCGAGUAUAAGCAAAUACAAGAGGAGGAAAGGCAUAUAAUAAUAUCUCUAACUAAUAAUGGGCGUUCGAGAUUACGAACCUAAUCGUCACACGGCGAAGGGCCCCACCAAACCGGGAAACCGCGGCGGCCACCGACGACCUGCCGCCACGAGAAAGGUUUGGCGGCCGGCGGUUCCGUCGUGGGAGAGGGAGUUCUGCUUGAAGGCGUCCGCGGGGAUAUACCCCUCGUGGGACAAAUUCGUGGAGGCCAAAAAGUACGUCCACCUCUGCGGCGGCGACGGCGUCAUGCGGUGGGACGACUCGGCGGCCCGAGACUCCUUCCUCCGUUCCAAGACGUUAUUUUACGCGGCCAAGUUCAACGUCCGCUCCGUCCUCGAAACCCCGUCCCCCGUCAGCAGUGACAAUAUUCUAUACGCGGAGGAAGUGGGUGGCGACGGGGGCAAUGAUUCCGAAGUAACCGACGAUCCCGAGCUCUGGGAAGGGUUGGACUCCGUCACGGACGACGGCGGCGGAGAAGAAGAAGAGGUGGCGGCGAAAGAAAAUACUACUGCUCCUGCGGCGGGUGGAGCUGACGGUGGGGGUGCGGCAAGUGGAGCUGACAGUGGGGGUGCGGCGGGUGGAGCUGACGGCGGGGUGCGGCGGUGGAGCUGACGGUGGGGGCGUGGGUAGGGUCAAUGGGGCGUUUGGGAGGUGGCGGUGGAGGUGUGGGCAGGGAAGAGCACUGUUGAGAUAAUAGGGAAGGAUGAGGGAAGGGAAUAAGGGUAUUGUGGACAUUUCCUUCCCAAAGUCAAUACCCAAUAAAAAUGACAAAAAGUCAAAAUGGGUACUUAAAAUCCGGACGGAGGGAGUAUAUCAAAAGAUCUACAAAACUAGACGUUAUAUUAAAAUAUUACUUCCUCC